AUGGUGAGCAGCACCUCCCACUCCCAGAAUUCAAACAGCUCCCCGCCGCCGCCGCCGCCUGUGCACCUCAGCACCGGCAUCGUCGGCUUCCUCGCCCGGCGUGCCGCCAUGACGACGCGUCACCCAUCAUCCUUCCAGUUCCAGCAGCCCCGCGUGGCAGUGGCACCGCUGGACUCGCCGGGCUCCUCCACCGGCUCUGUCGACUCCUCCGCGCCGUGGAGCUUCAUGGCUCAGCAACAGCACCGCGCGCCGCCCGCCCCCGUGCUCCCAUUCGACAGCAACGACACCGACGAGGUGGCGCUGCUGGACAUGAUCUCCGGGCAGCGGCAGUUGCAGGAGGAGGCCGGCCUGGCCCUGGCAACGUCGACGCAGGAAGAAGCAGAGGCGAAUAAUGGCACGGGAACCAUGGGGCCUGGCGGGCGGCCCUACCGCGGGGUGCGCAAGCGUCCGUGGGGCAAGUUCGCGGCGGAGAUCCGGGACUCGACGCGCAACGGCGUGCGCGUGUGGCUGGGCACCUUCGACAGCGCCGAGGCGGCGGCGCUGGCGUACGACCAGGCAGCGUUCGCCAUGCGUGGCGCCGCCGCCGUGCUCAACUUCCCCGCGGAACGGGUCCGCCAGUCCCUGGAAGGAAUGGGCAUGGGCACGGGCGUCUGCGCCGGCUCUGGCUCGCCCGUGGUGGCGCUCAAGCGGCGGCAUUCUAUGCGGAUGCGGCGUCCAGCGAGCCGGAGCCGGAAGGCCAAGGCGGCGACAAGGAGCGAGGUGAUGGAGCUGGAAGACCUCGGAGCAGACUACCUGGAGGCGCUGCUGGGCGCCACUGCCACCGAGGAGUCGUCGUCGUCAUCUUGGUGCCGGAGCCACCACUCCAUCUGA